GCUCUCAUUCCAGCCGGCGCACGGGGAGCAGCGGCACGGCUCGGCACGGCACGGCACGGCCGGUCCCCCGCCUGACAGACGGGGAGAGAUGGCCGGGGGCAUCUUCUCCCCGCUGGGGACCUGCUCGGAGCUGGAGAAGGCCAACUGCCACCCUCUGGUCUGCCUGCUCUGCCACGAGCCCUACCAGCACCCCUGCCUGCUCGACUGCUACCACAACUUCUGUGCCAGCUGCCUGCGGGGCCGUGCCAGCGACGGCCGCUUGCGCUGCCCACUCUGCGGGCACCCCUCGGUGGUGAGGGGGGGCACAGGGUUGCCCCCCGUGGACCGGCUCCUGCAGUUCCUGGUGGACAGCUCGGCCGACGGCGAGGAGGACGUGCAGUGUGCCAACUGCGACCGGCGCUGUGCCAAGGCGGAGCUGGACACCAUGUACUUCUGCAACACCUGCGGGCAGCCCCUCUGCGCCCCGUGCCGCGAGGAGACACACCGUGCCAAGAUGUUCGCCCGCCAUGAGAUCGUCUCCCUCUCCAAGCGCACCAAGGACAUCCACAAGAAGUGCCCGCUGCACGAGGAGCCCUACAUCAUGUUCUCCACCGAGAAGAAGUCCAUGCUCUGCAUCAACUGCUUCAGGGACAUGCAGGGGGAGAGCCGGGCACACUGCAUCGACAUCGAGACGGCGUACAUGCAGGGCUGCGAGCGGCUGGACCAGGCAGUGAUGGCCGUGAAGGAGCUGCAGACCUCCACGCGGGAGGCCAUCGUCCUCCUCAAGGCCAUGAUCGAGGAGGUGCGCAACAGUGCCAGCGAGGAGGAGGCAGCCAUCAACUCCCUCUUCGGCCGCAUGCAGGAGCAGCUCUCUGAGAGGAAGAAGACGCUCCUGAAAGCCGUUCAGAGCCAGCACGAGGAGAAGGAGAAGGCCUUCAAGGAGCAGCUCGCCCACCUCGCCUCCCUGCUGCCCACCCUGCAGGUCCACCUGGUGACCUGCUCAGCCUUCCUGAGCUCCGCCAACAAAGCCGAGUUCCUGGACCUGGGCUACCAACUGAUGGAGAGGCUGCAGAGGAUCGUCAAGCUGCCGCACCGCCUGCGCCCAGCCCAGACCAGCAAGAUCAACAGCGAGUACCGGGCAGAGUUUGCCCGCUGCCUGGAGCCCCUGCUGAUGCUCAGCCCCCGCCGCUCCGUGGUGGGCAGCGCUGGCACCAUUGGUCCUGGCAUCGCCGGCGCAAACAUGAUCCCUGGUGGCCAAUGCUCCAAGACCCUCAUGGUGCCCGGCUGUCCCCCCGCCGGCGAUAAAAUGUCCAUGGUGAGGAAGCCGACGAUGCACCGGUACAUCAGCACCAAGGUCCUGCUGGCAGAGGGGCGAGAGACCCCCUUCGCCGAGCACUGCCGCAACUACGAGAACACCUACCGGAUGCUGCAGACGGAGAUCCAGGGCCUGAAGGACCAGGUGCAGGAGCUGCACCGCGACCUCACCAAGCACCACUCGCUCAUCAAGACGGAGAUCAUGAGCGAGAUCCUGCAGAAGUCCCUGCAGAUGGACGUGCAGAUCGCCGCUCACUACUCGGCCGUGGAGAUGAUGCGCAGCGUCUUCGAGGAGGUCUGGGAGGAGACGUACCAGCGGGUGGCAAACGAGCAGGAGAUCUAUGAAGCCCAGCUCCACGACCUGCUGCAGCUGCGGCAGGAGAACAGCUGCCUGACCACCAUCACCAAGCAGAUCGCACCCUAUGUCCGCUCCAUCGCCAAGGUGAAGGAGAGGCUGGAGCCCAGGCUGCAGGAGCCCCGGGAGCCCAAGGAGGAACAGGCCCCGAUGCUGCUCAAGAUCUGCGACGACAGCGAAGGGGCACCAAGGUGCCUUCCCUUCCCCAGGGACACCUCACCCCAUGGCAAGGAGGGGGGUCCAGCCAGCCCUGGGGAGGGCUGUGAGUCCAGUGGUGCCCCCGGAGACCCCUCCUCACAAAGCAGAGAUGGCUCCAGGGGUCAGCAGAAAAGCGGGGCCGAGGGCACUGCCAAGAAAGAGCUCACACCGUAGAGCCCAACACGGAGCACACAAAACCAGUUGGUGCCCAAAAGCCAUUGUCAACCAGCUCCUCUUGCCUUGUGCCACGAGUGAGGGCAGGAAGACACGGCCCAGGCACACGGUGACUGCAGCGUACCAAAAGCCUGCCUCUGGGCAACUUUGUUUGUCUCAAAUAAGUAAUUGUCUUUAUUCUCUCCCUCUUGUGUGUUAAAGUGAAAUAAAAGGGCGCAAGCACA